AUGAGCCCUCCGAAAAUGCCAGGUACCACUCAGAAACGAGCUGGCAGGGGAAGAUCCAAAACGGGAUGCCGUACCUGCCGUGCUCGCCGCAUCAAAUGUGACGAGACCCCUGUCGCUUGCAGAAACUGCAUAUCCACCGGUCGACAGUGCGAUGGGUAUGAUGCCCACAGGCUCCCCCCCAAAGCCAAGGGGCUGCCCAAGAAUGGUCUGGACUUACCAGCAUGCCCCGGGUGGCCUGAAGACGGAUUUGGCCGGGCAAUGACCUCAGACGAGAAGCGGUGCUUCUCCCACUUCCAAUUCCGCACCAUCCCUACGCUCCUCGAAUUCUUCGACUCUGCCCUGUGGCAGAAGCUGGUCCUGCAAUUGAGCCGCUCCGAGCCGCCGGUCUAUCAUGCUAUAGUCGCGCUUAGCGCACUCCAUCAAGUUUCCGAGGCAAAUGGAAUGCCGUUGGCGACCCCUGCUACCUGCGCUGAGGGGAACGUCUGGCAUCAGUUUGCCGAGGAUCAGCUGAGACGCUCUAUCAAGCUCCUGAACCAGCGUUCGACGUCUCAGGAUCCCCAUCUUCGACAGGUCAUUCUCGUUUGUUGCCUGCUCUUUGUUCUCGCGGACUUACUACGCGGACUAUAUGAAAGUGCCUUUACCCAUCUCCGGGGUGGUCUACGGGUUCUCAAGGAGCUGCAGAUGACAGGGCGGGGGUUGGAUUCCUCCUCCUCUGCCUCACGCUCUGGUCUGGUGGGGCAGUCUCUCUUCUCGACGUUUGCUCAUCUCGAUUCAUUGGCUGCGCACUACGAUCGCGUCUUUCCCAUGCUUACUUCCCGUGGUCAACCAUUGGCCGAUCAGGAGAAGGUGCAUGCUGCUCCUGGCCGUGGGCUCCACGACUUCCGGACCCUCCGUGAGGCACGUGUUGCGUUCGAUAGCCUGCUUAGCGCCUCCUACCGUUUCAGUGCCAUGUGCAUGGGCAUGGCUGAGGCAGAGGUUCUACUGCGCUACGAUGAACUGCAACAGCAUCAAAUCGAGGUGUGGUCUAAAACAGUCAAGUUCAAGCAGGUGUUCCUGCCCUUCUAUACCAAUAUCUAUGACCAGCUUAGCCCGAAAGAGCAGCGGGGUGCGGAUAUCAUCCGAUUACACAUCCUCAGCUUGCCCAUAUGCCUUCAAACCUGCCUUCUAGGGAAGAACCGAUCCGCCCUCGCCUAUUUCACCUCGGACCUGGAAACGGUAUGCUCCAUGGUGGAGGCAAUCAUGACCAAGUUUCCGGAGCGGCCAUCCUUCACCGUCGAAACCGGUGUCAUCCCGCCCCUCUAUCUGUCCGCCAUAUUAUGCUGCGACUACAGCGUUCGGUGGCGGGCAAUCCAGCUCCUCCGGUCCUGGCCGCACCGCGAGGGGCCCUUUGAUUCCAACUGGUGUGCGUCUUUGGCGGAGGAGGCACUGAGACUUGAGUUGCACGCUAGGAUCAUGGAAGACGCGGGGUUCCGAGAGGCGAGAUUCGUCCUCCCGAACGUCGACGAGAUCUCGGCAAAUGACAUGCUGGGAAAGCUCGUGUAUAUUCGUCAGCAGAAACUCAAUAUGUUGGUCAAGAGCGGACGCAUUGGACAUGCGUCCGAAAAUGCUAUCUGGGACCCUCUAGAUGCCGUGGGCUCGGUAAAGGGCAUGCACGCGUGGUCCUGUGUCCGCGCGUUCAACGCCGUCACCUCACGCAUCCCGGAGGUUAAACGAGAUGAAAACUUUCCUAAAACGAAUACGGUCGAUUGA